GAAGCUGAGCCUGGCCUCACACGCUCCUAGAGGACCAUCUCCUGAGCUAGAGUUCUUUUCCCCGCUUCUUCCUUCUCCAAGCUCCCCUCCUGCCCUUCCUCACUGCCCAAUACAAUGCAUUCUUGAGAGGCAGCAUCUGGACUCCAGGCAGCCCCAGAGAACCGAAGCAAGCCAAAGAGAGAGGACUGGAGCCAAGACACUCUGGUGGGGGAGCUUGGAUGCCUGGCUUUCUUUGAGGACAUCUUUGGAGCGAGGGUGGCUUUGGGGUGGGGGGUUGUGCUGCAGGGAAUCCAGCCAGGCCCCAAGAUGGACACUUCUGGGCACUUCCAUGAUUCGGGGGUGGGGGACCUGGAUGAAGACCCCAAGUGCCCCUGUCCAUCCUCUGGGGAUGAGCAGCAGCAGCAGCAACAGCAACAGCCACCGCCGCCAGCGCCACCAGCAGCCCCCCAGCAGCCCCCAGGACCCUCGUUGCAGCCUCAGCCUCAGCCUCCGCAGAUUCAGCAGCAGCAGCAGCAGCCACCGCAUCCCCUGUCUCAGCUCGCCCAACUCCAGAGCCAGCUUGUCCACCCCGGCCUGCUGCACUCCCCUCCCACUGCUUUCAGGGCCCCCACUUCGUCCAACUCCACCGCCAUCCUCCACCCUUCCUCCAGGCAAGGCAGCCAGCUCAAUCUCAAUGACCACUUGCUUGGCCACUCUCCAAGUUCCACAGCCACAAGUGGGCCUGGAGGAGGUAGCCGGCACCGGCAGGCCAGCCCCCUGGUGCACCGGCGGGACAGCAACCCCUUCACGGAGAUCGCCAUGAGCUCCUGCAAGUACAGCGGUGGGGUCAUGAAGCCCCUCAGCCGCCUCAGCGCCUCCCGGAGGAACCUCAUUGAGGCCGAGCCUGAGGGCCAACCCCUCCAGCUCUUCAGCCCCAGCAACCCCCCGGAGAUCGUCAUCUCCUCCCGGGAGGACAAUCAUGCCCACCAGACCCUGCUCCAUCACCCCAACGCUACCCACAACCACCAGCAUGCCGGCACCACUGCCAGCGGCACCACCUUCCCCAAAGCCAACAAGAGGAAAAACCAAAACAUUGGCUAUAAGCUGGGACACAGGAGGGCCCUGUUUGAAAAGAGAAAGCGACUGAGUGACUAUGCUCUGAUUUUUGGGAUGUUUGGAAUUGUUGUUAUGGUGAUAGAGACCGAGCUGUCUUGGGGUUUGUACUCAAAGGAUUCCAUGUUUUCGUUGGCCCUGAAAUGCCUUAUCAGUCUAUCCACCAUCAUCCUGCUGGGGUUGAUCAUCGCCUAUCACACACGGGAAGUCCAGCUCUUCGUGAUCGACAAUGGCGCGGAUGACUGGCGGAUAGCCAUGACCUACGAGCGCAUCCUCUACAUCAGCCUGGAGAUGUUGGUGUGCGCCAUCCACCCCAUCCCCGGCGAAUACAAAUUCUUCUGGACCGCGCGCCUGGCCUUCUCCUACACACCUUCGCGGGCGGAGGCCGACGUGGACAUUAUCCUGUCCAUCCCCAUGUUCCUGCGCCUGUACCUGAUCGCCCGUGUCAUGCUGCUGCACAGCAAGCUCUUCACCGAUGCCUCUUCCCGCAGCAUCGGGGCCCUCAACAAGAUCAACUUUAACACCCGCUUUGUCAUGAAGACCCUCAUGACCAUCUGCCCCGGCACUGUGCUGCUGGUGUUCAGUAUCUCCCUGUGGAUCAUCGCGGCUUGGACCGUUCGCGUCUGCGAAAGUCCUGAAUCACCAGCCCGGCUUUCUCGCUCAUCACUUCCUGCUUGGUACCAUGACCAGCAGGACGUAACUAGUAACUUUCUGGGUGCCAUGUGGCUCAUCUCCAUCACAUUCCUUUCCAUUGGUUAUGGGGACAUGGUGCCCCACACUUACUGUGGGAAAGGUGUCUGUCUUCUUACUGGCAUCAUGGGUGCAGGCUGCACUGCUCUCGUGGUGGCUGUGGUGGCUCGAAAGCUGGAACUCACCAAAGCAGAGAAACACGUUCACAACUUCAUGAUGGAUACUCAGCUAACCAAACGGAUCAAGAAUGCUGCAGCCAAUGUCCUUCGGGAAACGUGGCUAAUCUAUAAACACACAAAGCUGCUAAAGAAGAUUGACCACGCCAAAGUCAGGAAACACCAGAGGAAAUUCCUCCAAGCUAUCCACCAACUGAGGAGUGUCAAGAUGGAGCAGAGAAAGCUGAGUGACCAAGCCAACACCCUGGUGGACCUUUCCAAGAUGCAGAAUGUUAUGUAUGACUUAAUCACGGAACUCAAUGAUCGGAGCGAAGACCUGGAGAAGCAGAUUGGCAGCCUGGAGUCUAAGCUGGAGCAUCUCACAGCCAGCUUCAAUUCCCUGCCCCUGCUCAUCGCAGAUACCCUGCGCCAGCAGCAGCAGCAGCUCCUGACUGCCAUCCUGGAGGCCCGGGGCGUCAGCGUGGCAGUGGGUACCACCCACGCCCCACUCUCCGACAGCCCAAUCGGGGUCAGCUCCACCUCCUUCCCAACCCCGUACACAAGUUCAAGCAGUUGCUAAAUAAAACUCCCCACUCCAGAAGCGUUACCCAUAGGUCUUAAGAUGCAAAUCAACUCUGUCCUGGUCGCUUUGCCAUCAUGGAACUUUGAGACCAGGGAACGGAAAGAAGAGAGACCGAGCUAAUUAGCUAACUCACAUUCACUCGGCGUGCUUGGUUCGAUAUGCCUUGAAACCAGAAAUCUAAUCUCUGUUUAGGUGCCUCUACUUGGGAGCGGGAAGAGGAGAUGACAGGAAGCGACGCCUCUGGCAGGGCCCUUGCUGCAGAGUUGGUGGAGAACAGAAUCCACGCUCAAUCUCAGGUCUUCACGUGGGGGGUGGGGAGGGGCAGAUGCACUGAAGCAGCAACGGUGGAGCCAGUUCAGAAGAGGGGCCCCCUGGGAGUCGGGUGGUGUCAGGUUUGGGGAAUGGGUUCCUAGCCGUGGGGACCUCGAGCAUGCCUCUCUCCUUUCAUCUAAGGAAGCCUUGGGUGACAAAAGUAAAAGAUGCCCACAACUUGCCAAAACAGACAUACCCAAUUUAGACUGAAAAAAAAUUAAUAAUGAUAACUGCACACACAGAGACAAAUAAAAAGCCAGAUUUUCCAUCCACCAAUAAUACCUAUAUAAGCCUGUGUGUUUGCACGUGUGCAUGUACACACACACACACACACACACACACAUCCCCCACACACCACAUGCAGUCCAAGUCCUUUCUUGUUUGAGCUUCACCCAAAUACAUAGGGACCUGGUAUGUCCCCUGUGCAUAGUAGGCACUCUUAAUGUGAGUGGAGUUGGUUUGAAUCUGAACAUGGGAUGUAUUCAACCCAGGUAAUUAGCUAGUGUUGGCCACAUUCUGAACUUCUCUGAAGACACAGGUCCCUUUCAACACAGUGCAGGUUGC